AUGAAGACAUUUCGAGGCCUUCAAAAAGAAGCAAAUCGUCAUCAUAUUCGAGUUCACAACAAGUGUCAUUGGAUGGUCACAUCGGUGUUGAUCUUAAUGAUGAUAAUGAUGACAUUGAAGAAAUUGAAGCUUCUCGUCGUCCCAUGGGAAGGGACAAAGCAAAAGCAAGAGGAAAUGAUGGCACAAAUGACACAAUUAAAUACAACCUUGGCGAAACAUAUGGCAGAAACCGUCCGAAUAACGGUUAAUCCGUUGCUAAUGCCAGACGUUAGGCAUCUCGACCCUGAAGAUCAAGAAACGGAGAAGGCAGUCAAAACGUCAAUUCGGGAAAAGUAG